AUGCUACUCAAGGCUGGUUGUGCCGUCGACAUUGGCGCCUUCGAUUAUUUGUACCGCGAUAUGACAACAAGAUGCCAAAGGAUCCUGGUCAGAGGAUUGAAAGAUCGACGAGACAAAUUGAAGCGAUUGGCUCUGGAGAAGCUUCCGGAACAUGAUAUCGCUGCCUUGAACCUUGAGAGCGUACGCACACUCGACACGCAGACAGCCGCCGUCCUUGGACUACUUGAUUUGAAUGGGGUCCAAAUUUCUCCUGCUUUGAGGCUCACACAAACAACAAAGCCUGCCACAUCCACUUGCUACCCCGGCCGUUCAGUCUAUCAUACCGUGAAAAACAUUAUGAAUGCGGACGUCUUCUGGGAUCAUGGUUUUCAAGACAUUGAUGAGUUCAACGGGCAGUUUGAUGAUGUAAGGGGAGACGGACUGCCACCCCUUGCAAACUGUGAGAAUCUGAGAAUGAUUCAGUGGCUCGUCGAUCACGGAGCAAACCUUUCCAGAGAACUGAAUCACUCAGGGAUUGGUGCUGAUCGCAAAUCACUACGCGUGACGACCGCGCAUUUUGUUUUUCAAUACAUCGGAGACUGGCUACCGGAUAUGGGCGAUUAUGAUGAUCCUGACUGGUAUAUUCUCUCGUCUUUGCAAGAAGUACUGCCCGUCGAUCUCUUCGACAACUGCGAGUGUAGUUGCUCGAAGCAAGGAUGCACACCAUUCCUGAUGAUGCUGAAAGCUCUGAUUGCUCAGGAAUCAGCGAGAGAAGGCCAGUCCAUCAUCUCCAUCAUUGAACCGUUCUUGAACUAUCUCGAUAUGUCUCUAACUGAGUUGUCAAAGGAUGAAUGGAAAGAAGCAAUUCGAUACUUCACAUUCACAACCUUGGAAAUGAGCCACACAUGUCAUCAUGAGCCCGGGAAAUAUAGAUAUACUUGUUCAGUCACUGUGGAGGAGUGGCAAGAUACAAUGCAUGUACGAGAUGAGCAAGCUGACAUGAUUGAGCUGCUGGAGGGAAUCCUCUUCGAUCUUGACGCCAUGAUUGACACGAUGAUGGAUGAUGAGAAUCAGUUUGACAUGAGCACGUUCUUGACGGAUCACUGGCUGGAGCGGAUGGAGGCAGAGCUCGAAGCAAUCUCUGGCCGCCAACUUUCUGAAGAAUACAAGAAAGGUACAGAAGCACUUGGCGUUGUGUGGAGCGAGGGUGAGGCCGAGGAGGACAUAGAUUCAGAACCAACUGGUGAUGUGGUGCAGUAUUGGCUGAAUGCCAUUGACAAAGCUGCAGGGUUUUGA